CCAAACUAGAGGCCCCAGCUUCACAGCCAAUGAAGGAGCUUUGAAGGCUUUUUUUUUAGCCGUUGUAGGAAACGUGGCAGUCCGUCCGCGCACAGCAAGAUCCCACCAACAGCAAGGCGAGCACCUGUCUUUUGUGAUGUCGAUGGAGGGCAUAACUAUUGGCGUCAGGACGAUGGCGACGACUCCCCUGCUCAGCUUCCAGUAGGGGAUAUGGGAUCUGCCUCAUCUUCAUUAGCAGCCAUAAAACCCACCGCCCUCAUCCAGCCUUGAUUCCCCCCCACCCCUCUAACCACCACCACCACCACCGCCCCCCACCAAAACUUCCUUCCCGUUCCCCCUUCCCUGUGUUGAGGGCAGUGGAAGUUCAGCCAAGUCCAUGCACGAUGGAUCCGCAAAGCAGAAAAUUUCCGUGCAAAAUCUGCGGCUCCAGCCGCCUUCGGACGUUUGGUGUUGUCGCAACGUCUUUGGAAGAUCUGAUCGCCAAAGGGAAAGAAAAACUAGGUCUGGACAAAUUUGAUGCACAGCAAGCAUAUACAAUUGUGCUUGAAGAUGAUGGAACAAUUGUUGAGGAUGAAGACUAUUUUAUGUGCCUGCCAGCAAACACAACAUUCAUGAUCCUUAACGCCAGUCAAAAGUGGACUCCUGUUGAUGAAGAAAUCAGCAUCAGCUCCGAUACAAAAAUGGAUGAUGAUGUAGGUGGCGUUGGAUCUGUGGACUGUGUGGAUUAUCCUGAGUCUUCCAAUAACUGGAAAGUUCUUGCCAAACAACUUCGAAAAAACCUUGCCCACAUUAUUACUAUGUCUGAAUCUGACCUCCAGACACUAAUAGAUGUACCAUCUACUGAGCUGGCAAAAGAACUGGAAGAAAGUUUAAUAAGAACUGAAGCAAUACAGGACUCCCUUCAGCGUGCACUUGAUAGCAGAGAGGAGCACCGGGAAGCAAAGGAACUAUUGAAGCUGUACCAGAAUGCUUUUCAAAACGAUGAUUCCAAACCUGCUAAAGAAACUGAUCAAGUGGAUGGUUCAGAUCCGUUAACCAUGGAAACCUCCCGGCUGAACAAACGCAUAGUUGGUGUUCUCAGACAGAAACCCAGUCCAGAGCUCAGCUUGUCAAAUGUGGAGCUUCAGGAAGUUCUCAAAGAGAGUGAAAAGGAAUUACAGUCUGCUUUAAAUUGUUCCAUUGAGAAGGUAAAGGAUCUGCAGGAAGACUGUAGGAAGGAAUUGAAGAAGCGCUUGUCCAAAAUGGAGAGCCUGGAACAAUUGAGAAAACAUUCAACAAAGAGAAGAAAACUGUAAUACACUGGGGCACCAAUUGCAGCCAAACAUGGUUCUGCAACUUAGUGAUAAAUCUCAACUCCCAGCAUUCAGUUUUUGCAACAAAAACAAAAUAAUCAAAUUUUAUCAUGGGUGGAGUGAGGGGGAAAGAAACAUUUUAUACUUGUACUCACUGUUUGCAUCAAGUACUGUCAGACCAAUCACAGCAUAAAACUGAUGCAGGCUGAGUUCCUUCAUUCUGUCUCACCGAUAUCCUUUAAUUCUGACUUCUAAGCACUACCUAAUACCUAUUUGGUGUUAAGCAAAUUACAAAACCAUAGAAUAAUUACAGCCCAGAUGUGGAUCAGCAUCCAUUGUGAACUGUGUGUCUGGAUUUUACUUAUAACUGUUUCUAACCAACACAAGGACAUCAACCCAUCAAUUUGUACUGCAUUCAAACACCUGUUAAGAUGAAAUGGCGGUCAGUGCAGCCCAACCAUGUAAUUGUACUUUGUUCCUAAUCUCGGCUGUGCUGUUGGCAGAAAGAACCAAACCACAACACAAUUAAUUCAAAAGGGAGGAAGGAAAUUUUGAUUGUAAAUGGUGUUUAGGUGGCUAUCAUACAAUGUAAUAGCUGUAUAAUUAGCACUAAAGACACUCAGUUGCUCUGAAAGACUAAUUUCAAGUAUGUGAAUGUCAAAUUUCUCCAUUAUGAAAAUUCCACAUUUUUAAAAAAAUUUUAGUUUUUUUUGUGAUAGUUUUGUUUCAGCUUUUUUUUAACUUCUGUCAUUGAAUGUGUCUUAAUCAUUUUGUUAUCUGUAAAAUUUAAAAAAUAAAAAUGACAAGCUAGGAGUUUCUGCUUUGCUGCCUGUGAGAAUAUUUCAAUGUGAUUGGUUGCUUACCUUGCUAAAUUGCAUCACUGUUGCAGGACAUCUGAAGAUCCCCUUGGUGCCAAAUUUAAAGUGACACAGGGGGAAGUCUGCAUCACAGAGAUUGCUAGAACACAAUGGGUAACUCUCUCUUCAAGGUCAGCAGUGAGCGCUGCUGCUUCUCAACUUGCCUCAAAAUCCAGCCCAGUGAGAAAAUAGACAGUAAAUGAGGGAAUGACAUUUCCUCUGAUAACAAAAUUCAGUACGAGAGCAAAUUGCCUCACGAUCCAAACCAGUAAAAUAAUCCAAGAAAAAUUGCUUCUCACAAUAGACUGUGAGAAUGUGGAACAUGCUACUUUUGAAGGCCAUAGAUGCAGGAUCAAUUGAAGUGUUUAAAAAGAGAGACGAUACACAGGAAGCAAUAAUAUUGAGGGUGUGGAAUUAAAACGUACAGCCCACGACUAAUAGGAAGAAGAGUAAGCCAUCUGCCCCAGUGAGCCUUUUUCACUUUGCAAAGACCCUGUAAUUUGUAACAUUGGAAAACACCUUGCUACUUGGAGAACAGCAUGCUUAUGUUUAGAAUAUCUUGAAUCCUGUCACUGCAUAGCACACCAAUAAAUGCUUCUUGUUUAUGCCAAUGGAUGUAAUAGCUAUCCAUGAAAAAUUAAAGUAUUCCCUCUCAGCAGAUUGGUGUGAGGAAGAAUUGUGCCCAGCACAUUGAAUAAAGCCCAUUUGCUUUAUGUAUUAGUUAUUGAAGAGAUCCUUGUCUGACUGGAAGCUUUCAGAGCAAAUUUUAAAAAUAUUCCAGUGGGCGUGAGUGGACAUGUUCAUUUGCGGUGUGGGAUCGCAUAAAACAUUCCGACCAAAUUGGACUAACCACCUUGCUGGUUGCUGGCCAUGGAAGGCAAAUUCCUGUUAGACGGUUAAUCAGCCUGUGAACCCAUCCGUCACACAUCACACUCCAUGUGCAAUGUGGUUGACUCUUAACUGGCCUCAGAAAUGGCUUAGCAAGCCACUCAUUUGUUCAAGAGAAAUUGGGGAUGGACAGCAAACCUUGCUAGCGAUGCCCACAUCCCAUGAAAGAAUAAAGAAAAAUGGGAUCACUCCACUGUAGUGGGAGAAAAACAUGUGCAAUUUUAAUGAAUCAGCCCUAUGGUAGACCAAAACUAGAGGGUAAUCCUAUCAUUAUUAGCAAUCCCAAACUAUCCAAUUUGAAUUGGUACCCAUUUCACCUUUCUUUAGACUUGUGACUAUAUGACAAAAUUACAUGUUACAACCAAUCAUUGAUGUGUUUGUGAUCCCUCAAGAUCUAUCCUAAGCCAAGAUUGAGACACGGAGUGAAUACAGAACAUUUCACGUGUGGCUGUGUAAAUGUGUCUGACUAAUGAUUGUAUUCUGAAAUCGAGCCUUGAAUUUAUAACAUGCCUUAUCACUUCUCUCAAAUGUCCCAAAGCGCUUCACAUACAAUGAAUAAUUUCUUUGAAGUGCUUUAGGCAGCUAAAAGUGUAUCUGAUUGUGAUUUGUAUUAAAUCUGAGGGUAAAGUGGUAUACCUAAUAUCUAGUUGACAGCAUUGUAUGGCUGUUUUUUUCUGCUUGUACUUCAAAUAAAUUUUUUAAAUUUAA